CCCUAAGGCGUCUCUCCGGCGGCCAUGGUUCAUAAAGACGACAACCCUCUCGAGCUCUUCCGCAAGAUUAGUUUGGACGAACGAACUGUUAAGAACACCAUCGGAAAUAGCAGCAAGAUCACCUCCGAUCUAAUUGCCGUCAUCCACCAGGCUGGUGUCAGUGGUGGCUGCGACCGAACUAUUGGAUAUCUUUUGCACACGGUCGCCACUACGUACUAUGGGAAGGCUCUUGUGCAUCGUCCUACAUUGCUCAACUACAUUGCCUCUUCUAAGAUUAAAACUCGAGCCCAGUUGGAUGCUGCAUAUUCCUUUCUGGAUAAUAAGGACUUUAACCUCACUGAAUUUGAGGAGGCGUGUGGUGUAGGGGUUGAGGUUUCCCUAGCAGAUAUUGAAGAAAUAGUCGAACAUAUCUUUCAACAGAAUUUGACUACCAUAUUGGCGCUCCGUUACCGAACUAAUGUGGGUGAAUAUAUCGGACAUGUCCUCAGAUAUCUGCCAUGGGCAGAUCCCUCGACUGUCAAGACAGUCAUAGAAGCAAAAAUGUUUGAAUUGCUCGGCCCGAGAACUGCUGCUGACAACGUAAAGCCUCCCAGAGUAGAAGAGGUGAGCCCCGGUUUCCUCUCAUUUUCAAUGUAUCUUCUUCUGUCUGUCGCAAGUCCAUCCGAAUACGAGCUCAAUCCCUACUCUAGAUUCCCUCAGCCAGGCAAAAAUUUCCUGGCUCACACCAAAGUCCUUUUCAGUGACGGCUCUGUGCUCAGAUGCAAAAAUACCAAGGAACUGCUUCACAAACAUCUCAAGGUGACUGGAGGGAAAGUUUAUACCCGCUUCCCCUUUGAACCAAAUGGCUAUUGGUCAUUUAUUAAUUUGUUGUAUUUUCAGGCUAUGUUUGCUAAUUUUGGUCUUGCAAAGAACCGAGGGGGCUGCUGUUAUCUAAGGUAUGAUGAUACAAACCCCGAGGCCGAGAAGAAAGAGCACAUUAAUCACAUUGAAGAAAUUGUUAAAUGGAUGGGUUGGGAACCCUUCAAGAUUACGUACACCAGUGAUUAUUUCCAAGAACUGUACAAUUUUGCAGUGGAGUUGAUUCAAACAGGCCACGCUUAUGUUGAUCAUCAGAACGCCGAGGAGAUAAAAGAGUACAGAGAGAAGAAAAUAAACAGCCCCUGGAGAGAAAGGCCUAUCGAAGAAUCCCUAAUGCUUUUUGACGAAAUGAGACGAGGACUGAUUGAGGAAGGUCACGCAACACUUAGAAUGAAACAAGACAUGCAAAAUGAUAAUUAUAAUAUGUUUGACCUUAUUGCCUACCAUAUAAAGUUCACACCUCAUCCUCAUGCUCGUGACAAGUGGUGUAUUUAUCCGACUAAUGAUUUUGCACACUGCAUUGUUGAUUCUCUUGAGAAUAUAACGCAUUCGCUCUGUACACUUGAAUUUGAAACCCGGCGUGCUUCAUACUACUGGUUAUUACAUUCCCUGGGUCUCUACAUGCCGUACGUGUGGGAAUACUCACGGCUGAAUGUCACAAACACUGUAAUGUCCAAGCGUAAGCUGAACUACGUUGUGACAAACAAGUACGUUGAUGGUUGGGAUGAUCCACGCCUUUUGACACUUGCUGGCUUGAGGAGGAGAGGUGUAACUCCAACAUCAAUUAAUGCAUUUAUACGAGGACUUGGAAUUACCAGAAGUGACGGUAGCAUGAUACAUGUGAGUCGUCUUGAGCACCAUAUUAGAGAGGAGUUGAAUAUAACAGCUCCCCGCACCAUGGUGGUGUUGAAUCCUCUUAAGGUGGUCAUUACGAAUAUGGAACCAGGCAAGGUUAUAGAGAUUGAUGCGGAGAAGUGGCCUGAUACUGGGAGGAAUGAUCCCUCGGCGUUUUACAAGGUUCCGUUCUCUAGAGUUGUAUACAUUGAGCAGUCUGACUUCCGAAAGGAAGAUUCAAAAAAUUACUAUGGACUUGCUCCCGGUAAAUCAGUACGGCUUAGAUACGCUUUUCAAAUCAAGUGCACCAACGUUGUCUUUGCUGAUGACAAGGAGACUGUUCGUGAGAUUCAUGCGGUGUAUUAUCCUGAGCUUAAGACAAAGCUGAAGGGAGCUCUACACUGGGUCGCUGCAUCUUCACCUGGAAAAGAGGAGCCCUUAAAGGUUGAAGUCCGGUUAUUUGAGAAACUCUUUAAUUCUGAGAAUCCAGCUGAACUCGGUGAUGGUUGGCUCACCGACAUUAACCCCAACUCCAAAGUGGUAGUCUCUGAUGCCUAUGCUCUUUCAACCAUUAAAGAUGCUGUGGUCGGGGACACAUUCCAGUUUGAAAGGCUAGGUUAUUUUGCGGUUGACAAGUCCUCUACCCCGGGAAAGCUUGUGUUUAACCGGACGGUGAGACUCGGAGACAGAAAGACGAAACGGCAGAUGUAGGUACGCUGGUCAAAAACUCCCCAAAAGAGUGGAAUAUGAUCUAUAUGGCCCAUACGGCUCGUUGUGCAACAGCGAGGAUUGGCUGCCUAAGUGUGUGUUUCCGAUCGAGUGA